UUUGCUCUGGGAAGUAGGUAUGCUUCGCUUCGCUCUUUGGCUGCUCUGAGUGGCAUCCGCGGACGAAGCGGAGCUGGCGCCGAAAAAUGCGCCGUCCGCAAAUGGCUGCUCCCGGGUAGAUCGAUUUCUCCUGGGAGAAUGACAGGAAAAAGCCAGACUUUAAGUUUCCAACUCCCAGCUGUUGUGCAGCCUACAGUGGAUAGCCACAUAUAUCCGUUUGGGAAUGUUAUUAGUUCUGACAGUGAUGUUCUGGAGGAUGAAGUCGAGGUAUAUGAACUGCGACCUCGGGGAAGGGAAAAAACCCGAAGAAGUACUUCACGAGAAAGGAUGGAUGAUAUUGUAUUUAUAACUAAAGAUAUACAAGAAGGAGAUACACUGAAUGCAUUAGCUCUUCAGUAUUGUUGUUCAGUAGCAGAUAUCAAACGGGUGAACAAUCUUAUCACAGAUCAGGACUUCUUUGCAUUAAGAACUAUUAAAAUUCCAGUAAAAAAGUUCAGCCUUCUGACAGAGACGCACAGUUUUCCGAAAAAUAGACAGAAUUCAAGAUCUGCCUCUUCUUCGUAUUCUGCAGAAUUCUCAGAUGCGUCACUAGCACCUGAGUUGUUCCCCUCCACGGAAACAGCUGGCAACUUUUUGAAAGAAGUGGAUCGUGAUAUAGAACAAAUAGUGAAGUGUAAUGCUACCAAAAGAGAGAAUCUUAAUGAAGUUGUUUCUGCCUUAUCAACCCAGCAGUUAAACUUUGAACCAGAUGGUAAAUCUAUCAGACAGAAGGAUCCUUAUUAUGGUGCAGACUGGGGAAUUGGAUGGUGGACAGCAGUGGUAAUAAUGGUGGUAGUAGGCAUUAUAACACCUGUUUUUUAUCUUUUAUAUUAUGAAGUUUUGGUCAAAGUAGAUGUCAGUCAUCAUUCUACAGUGGAAUAUUCACUAGUUGCACCAUCUCAGUCAAAGCCAUUAGAAAAUGGGAUAAACAACAUAUUUCAUGAGGAUUAGCUUUGGUUUUACAUGCUAAAUAUCUGAGCAUCCUUUCCGUGUAUUCUGCAAACAAGCCUGAACAUAUUCUGGGUGGAACUGUAAAGUGGCUAUUACUGAUGAUAAUAUACUGCAUCUGUGGAAAAGUUGUCAAAAUUAAUAUAUUUAAAAAUUAAACAGUGUCUUUCUGGAUCUGCCAAAAUAUAUGGAUCUAAGCUGCCACACUGUCACUGAAGGUAAUAGGACUGAAACCAAUCUAAGUGCAAGUACCUUUACAGUAAACUUUAUAUUUGUUUUAUUUUAAAAUGUGUAAAAUAUUUUAGUAUGGGUGUAAUAGUAUGAAGAUCCUAUGUAUAUCAAGCAACAAUACCUUCUGUCGCAGUAAUACUGGAAUUAGGGAUAGUUUGGUUUAUUAGGUUUGCUGAGAAAGUACACUGUUCGGUAUUGCUGAACAGGGUAGUCAGUUUGAAUUAUUUGAAAAGCACUAUAUAAUGAAAAGGAGCCAAAUUAUUUGAAAAGCACUAUACAAUGAAAAGGAGCCAAAUAUUCAUAGGACUGCAUUGUUCUAACUGCAAUGGCUUUCAGAGAGGGGAAACUUUUAAACACAGAAAAGGUGAAAGAAGCUCAUUCCACAUUCUUUUAACUUCUUUGUUCCCAAAGUGCUCACUGCAUCAUAUUGCUAUUGCAUAUUUUCAGAUGCGGAAGAGCUGUAUACACAGCAGUUUGUACGAUCUCCCUCUUCUGUUAGAAAAUGCAUUAGAAUUAUAGUUAAAAAGUACUAGCCACUGGCAGGAAACCAGGAAGAGUAAUCUGAUGUCAGGUUUCUUCCAAGAUCAUAACAAUGACUUUGUGGAAGAGCUUAAACAACCCUAUGCCCCUUACAAGAGCCACAACUUUGCAGCAAUAUAUCACCUGUACAGUUGAGUUGAAUAUUGUGCUAAGCUGUUAAGUGCUUGGGCUAUGCUAUGUUAACCUAACCAUUGGGUUGUUUAAGAUACACUUUUUGGCUUGGCCCAUUACUAAACUGUACAUGGAUAAGAGGGAGAGGAUGAAAGCCACACAGAAUGUAUAAAAAUACAUGAAUUCCUUCCACUGGUGAAAUGCAGUAUUAGUAAUGGCUCAUUUCCUUCCUGAAUCCUCUAAUUUGGAACUUUUCAAUUGCUUUUGCACCCAUCCAGGGCUUCUUGCAUUAGGCUAAUCAAUCUUAUUUUAAAAAGCAAGCCUAUUGCCUCCUUAAGGCAUUAUUGGACAUGUACUACAAUGCAUGCUUAAGAGAGGGAAAAGGUCAGUCUUUUCAUUUUAGCAUAUAACUACUUGAAAGAAAAGAAAUACAAGUGAAAUAAAGGUCUGGGAGCAGCACCACUGAUAGUACUUAGGAAAAUUUAAAGACAUGUUCUACAAUUGGCACAUGAAUGGAUUAGCAGGCCAAGUUUGACUGAUUGAUAGAACUCUAAAACAAGAAAAAUCAUAGGUCAUGCAAGACUAUUUUGAAGAUCUCUGUGCCAUGAAAUUUACAGGACAGUGUAUAGUAAGCUACCAGAGCUUACAGAAGUUGUGUAGUUGAUGUACCUCAGCUAUGCUAGACUUUUUCUAGUAAUAACUUGAAUUAAGGCAUUUGAAAAUCAAAUAUAAAAGGCAUCAAAGAAAUUACAAUGUAAAUAUAGGUUAUAUACCAAAAAUGAUCUUGGGCUUUAUCAUAGUUCAGGAGUUGUGCCUUAUUUCUACAAAUGAAAAAUGUAAAUCCAUGGUGUUUCAUGAAUAAGUAGUAUACUAAUGGAAUGGAAGGUUUCUUCAUAAAAAUUAUGUGAACAAGUGCAUUUUGAAACUUAAGAUUAAGAAUGUGUAAACUACAGUCCCUUGUGCAGUGUUGCUGUAUGUUUUUAUCUUUCUCAAAGUACAUUUUCAUCAUGUGAAGGACUGGAAAGACUAGGAAAAGGUAACCUGAAGUUACAAGAAAAACUGGGGUACUAGGUUAAGAAAUUCCAUUAAAACAAAAAUAUUUAAUGUCAGAAUAUUACAUUUAUAAAUACAGUACAUAACUGAAGCAUAUGAAAUAAUUUUAAUUGUCAUUUCUGAGAAGAAAUUUUCCCAAAAUGAGAUUUGUGUAAGUUCCAGAAUUUAUUAAAAUGCCUUUGGCCAGAGUAUUAUUUCAAAAAGAACAAUAUAAAUAAAUAUAUAUUUCUAA